AUGUCUGAUACUCGAUGGUCAUCUCGAGCGGAAGCUUGUCGCAGUUUGAUUGAAAACUGGGAUUCCAUAAUUAAAGCUUUAAAUACAAUAAAUUUAAAUACUGCCGAGAAACCGGCUACUCGUAAUGAAGCUGCAGGACUAUUGAAACAAAUGAGUCGAUUUGAAACUAUCUUUAUGGCUGUAUUUUGGAACUCAAUAAUGGAGCGAUUUCAAAUAACUAGCAAAAAAUUGCAAGCUGUUGAUAUUGACAUACAAACAGUUGUGGAACUUUAUAGUUCAUUAACAGGAUACAUUAAAUCACUACGAAAUUUAUUUGAUAUGUUUGAAGAGAAAGCAAAGAAAAAAUCUGAAGUCGAAGAUUAUGAAUUCGACACAAGACGAAAAAGAAAGCGUAAACUUCCAUUUGAUGAGAUAUCGGAAAUUGAAACGGAAAUCUGUGGUAAAGAACAGUUUAGACGAGAUACAUUUUUUGUUAUAAUAGACCGUAUAAGUUCAGAAUUAGAACGUAGAGGUAAUGCAUAUAAAGAUAUUUUUGAAAGAUUUGAAUGGUUAUCUAAAAUUACUUCGAUAUCAACUGCGGAUUUAAUAGAUAACGCUAAAAAAUUACAACAGUACUACCCUUUAGAUUUAGAAGAAUCGUUUGUUGAUGAGUGCCUACAUUUUCGAGCGUAUUUGGAAAGUACCAAUAUACUCGAAAAUGAAAGACAUUCCCUUUUGAGUUAUAGUAAACUUCUUCGAACUCGAAAUAUACAUUCUAUAUAUCCAAAUAUCGAUAUAGCUUGUCGAAUAUUUGUUUGCACGCCGGUUACAAACUGCUCUUCAGAACGGUCAUUUUCCGCGUUAAAAAGAAUUAAAAACUGUUUAAGGGCUAAUUUGGGUGAUAACCAAUUAAAUAAUUUUUCUAUUCUGACAAUUGAAAGUGAUCUAACAAUCUCAACAGAUUUUAAUAAAUUAAUCAGUGACUUUGCAGCAAAGAAGUAUAGAAAGAAACAAAUACAAUAA